AGACUGGGAUAGUUUUAGAGAAGCGAUAGAGAAGAUGGAAUGGAAGACUGAUGAGAAUGGGCCACAGACAGAGAGAGGAGUGGAUGAGUGUAAUAGGAGUCUAGUUAGGAAAUUAACCAUAGCCGCAGAGGAGAGUAUUGGUAGGACAGAACCAAGAGGUAAAGGGAGAGAAAGGAAAGGGAAGAGGUGGUGGAACAAUGAGAUAGACAGGGUGAGGAAGGAAAGAAGGCAACUGAAUAGGAGAUGUAGGAGCCUUAGAAGGUACAGACAGAACAGUGAGGUAGAGAGAAUAGAGUAUAAGAGAGUGUGGGAAGAUUAUAGGAGUAAGCAGCAAGAGGUGAAGGCAUUAAUCAGGAGGGCCAGAGGGAAUGAGGAGAGGAAAAUUAUUGAGGAACUUAGGAGAAAGGGUGAAGAAGGAGGUAGGGAAUGGUAUAAAUUUUUAAGAAUAGAGGAAGGUAGUAAAGUAGACCAUGUAGAAGAGUUAGUAGUGAAUGGAAGGAGAAUUAGGGAAAGGGAGGAAAUGAUUGGAGAGAUAGAAGAGUACUGGAAAGCUAUAGGAGGAGUGAAUGAACCAGCUAGGAACUUAGGAAACAUCACCCUAGGUAGGAAAAUAGAGGAAGGAAUGAAUGAAGAGAUCAGUAUGGAGGAGAUUGAGAGGUAUGUGAAGAAACUAAAGAGAGGUAAGGCUCCGGGUAUCGAUGGGAUUCUGAAUGAAUUUUACAGAGAGGGUGGUCGAAGAGUGAUUGAGGGGCUGCAUGAGUUGUUUGGAAGGAUCUGGAGGGAUGAAAGAGUGCCUGCAACCUGGAAUGAAAGUAGAGUGACACUUAUUCAUAAAGGAGGUAGUAAAAGUAGGAAGGAAAUUAGGAACUAUAGACCAAUAGCAGUGUGUGAUUCAGUGUGUAAGAUAUUCUGUGGUGUGUUGAAUGAAAGACUGAGUGAAGUGAUAGAAAGAAAUAGGGUAAUGGGUGAGGAACAGAAUGGGUUUAGGAAGGAUAGAAGAGGUGAGGAUAACAUGUAUGUAGUAAAUGAAGUGAUAGGGAGAGCAAGAAAGGACGGUAGGAAGAAGUAUUUAGCUUUUCUAGACAUAGAGAAGGCCUAUGAUAGAGUAGAUAGGAGAAUGCUGUGCAAGGUAUUAGAAAAAGUUGGGGUAAGUGAGAAGAUAGUGAGAAUCAUUAGGAGUAUGUAUGAGAAUACAAGAGCAGUGUUUAGUAUGGGGGAUCUGGUGACUGGAUGGGUGAGUAAUGAGAGAGGAGUGAGACAAGGCUGUGUUCUUUCCCCUUUACUAUUUGGCCUAUAUGUGGAGGAGAUGGCAGCAAGAGUGAAAGGGGGAAUGAUGUGCUGAGCAUUCUCCUAUAUGCAGAUGAUGUGGUGGUCCUUAGUGAGCACCAUGCAGAGCUGCAGGAAAUGCUGAACGCUGUGAGUGAGUAUGGAAGGGAUUUUGACGUUAGAUUCAGCAGGGAGAAGAGUAAAGUAUUAGUAGUAAAUGGGGAUGCAUUAGACAGGAACAGGACAUGGAUGGUGAGUGGGAAGGAAAUAGGAAGAACAAAAGAGUACAAGUAUCUGGGUAUUUGGCUGGAUGAAAGAGGGUGUGAAAGGACCAAGCAGGAAAGAAUAGCACGGACUAACCAAUGGGUGGGGAGGCUAGGUAGUGUAGCACGGUGCAGGGCAAAUAAGUAUGAGGUAGUUAGAGGACUAUGGAAGGGAAUAGCUAUCCCCAGCAUCAUGUAUGGUUUAGAAACAACAGUGUGGACUAGGAAAGACCUGAAUAGGAUAGAGGUUCUGCAGAACAUGACAGGCAGGAUAGCGUUAGGUGCCAACAGGUAUGUGGCAGUGGAGGCGAUCAGAGGAGAUAUGGGAUGGAGUACAUUUAGAGAAAGGUUAGCUAAGGCAGUGUUGAGGUAUAGGGUUAGACUGCAGAGGAUGGAUGGGAGUAAAUGGGCAAAAAAGGUGUACGAAUGGAACAUGUAUGGACAGUGGACACAGGAGUCGUUUAAUAUAGAAAUUUGGGUGGGUAAAAUAGGAAUGCUUGUUAGAAGAGCCAUAGGACAUGGAAGUGUAGAUGCGAGUAAGAGAGAAAUCAAUAGGCGUGUGGAAGAGAAAGGAAAAGCAGAGUGGAGGAGGGGGAUGAGUGAGAAGACAACGCUAGAAUGGUAUCGGAGAAAGGACCGGCCUAAGUGUGAAAGUUUUUAUGAUGGGAGCCGCGGGGGGGAACUGCUGUUCAGAGCCAGGACCAAGUCCCUGGAGGUGAACAGCAGGGUGUAUAGGUGGAAGAAUGGAGGAAGCAAGGUGUGUGAGGUAUGCGAGACGGGUGUGGAUGAGACAGUAGAACAUUUGAUGCUGGAGUGUGAGGGGUAUGAGUGUGCAAGAGACAAGAUGUUAGGUGUAGUGACAGAAGAAAUAGGAGUAGAAGCAUGUAGUGAGAUGAGAGAGAGGAAUGCUAGGGAAUGGAUGGAGUACCUGCUGGGGCUGUGUGUUGAGAGACAGGUAAAUGGUCGGGUGAUUGAGGGUGUGAAAGAUUUCUUAGAGAGUGCCUGGAGGGAACGUAUGAGAAUGAUUGAAAGGCAGGGACCACUCAGGGACAGGGAUGGGGAUGGGGAACAGGUGUGAAUGUGAUGAAUGAUGAGGGAGGGGGGAGGGAGGGAAAGCAUUAAUGCUUCAGACUUCCUGCCCCACUCUUCCUUUUCCAGGUGUGUAUGGGAGAACGCCGAUCCAAAGGCAAAUUGUUGCAUUUCCUCCCCAUUGUCAAAUGUCAGCCUGUGCUGGUGUUACCCAUUCUGCCUGUCACCAUAACUCAGGAUUCCAAUAUGUCUUACUCUGCUUCACAACAGGAUCCUGACGUGAUGAUGAACAUGACAGUGGUUGUGGCCACACUUCCAAGAUGACAAUCUGAUGCCCCACGUUCCACCAAGGAAAAGCUACCAUGGCCGCUUGCUGCUGCCAACACCAUGGAGAUGGGAUGGAAUUAUAGGAGGAGGAGAGGAG